AUGAGAUGCAUAAUACGUACUUCUGAAGCAGCCAUAGCAGCGCAUGGCUCUUUCAGCAUCGCCAUCUCAGGGGGAUCUGUCGUUAAAUGCCUGGGCCAGCUGGCGCAUCCAGAUAUCGCGGCGCGCUGUGAUUGGUCCAGGUGGCAUGUGUUCUGGGUGGACGAGCGGGCCGUGCCUCUGACUCACCCCGACAGCAACUACCUGCUGGCGCACACGCACUGGCUCUCAAAGGUGCCCAUUCCAUCCGCCCACAUCCACACUCUCGACGACUCUCUCCCAGUGGAAGCAGCAGCAGAGGCGUAUGAGCGCGAGAUGGCGCGGUGUGUUGAGGCUGGGGUUCUGCCGAUGCACCCAGUGGAAGCAGCAGCAGCAGAGGCGUAUGAUCUUGAGCUGAGGCAGUGCGUGGAGGCUGGGGUUCUUCUGACACACCCAGUGCUGCUGUCAGCUGCCGUGGUGGCAGUCGUGGCGAUGGGGGAGGGGAAGAGGGAGCUUCUGGGGAGGCUGUUUGAGGCAGGGGGGACGGGGUUCGCUGUGGGAACUGGUUUGCCUGCCAGUAUGGUUCUGCCACGAGAUGGAGAACUGAUAUGGAUGGUUGAUAGGGAGGCUGCAGCUGGGUUCUUACAAGAUUCUUGA